GGAAUUUGGGGAGUGGAAAUACCACUCACUGUUACUUUCACAGUUGGCGUCAAGUCGAAUGAGAGUGACUUCUCUGACAUUCUACUCUGUCGGUCAGUCAGCGCGCUUCGGAAAAGGGGCGAACCUUUACCGAACGGAACGCAGUCAAGAGGAUUAAGAAUUGGGUAGUCCGCUCGCACUCUCAGUACGCAGGUGUUUGUAGCUAACUCAUGCCUUGGUUGAUUUUAGACGGGAUAGUGAGUGUAUGAGAUAUUAUUAAAUUCUGGAACUUUUUCGUUACAUUUUUUCAUGUAAAAAUAUCAAUUUUCGAUUGAUACCUGUCGGGGCACUUUAGGUGACUGGGUUUCCUGAAUCAACAAUUGUUUUCUGCGUUUGGAUUAUUAUAAUUUUCAUUGGAAAUGGCACAUUCUUAUUCUGGGAGAGAUACACGACUUUCAGAGAGAGGAAACCGUAGUUGAAUAACAACACAGGAUGCUGCUUGCGACCUGAAGCACUCAGAAGAAUUUAGACAUUUCUGAGACGUUUGUUAUUUUGCUUUGCGCACUAUAAGAAGGUGGACAUAUCAAAUAUAUAUUUUUUUUACACGUGUGUAUUUUACAGCACAAUGAUGUAUUGUGGAUUUAUACUUUUCUUUUCAACCCAACUCCUCUUUGUGGCUUCAUUGACUCAAAGUUAUAAAUGUGGAGAUAACAUUGAGAUAACCAGUGCAGAUUAUCUCACCUCUCCUGGCUAUCCGACCUCAUACCCUCCAUCACAACAAUGUAUGUGGGUGAUAUCGGCCCCAGACCCAGGACAGAAGAUACUCAUCAACUUUAACCCUCAUUUUGAUCUGGAGGACAGAGACUGCAAGUAUGACUAUGUGGAGGUGUUUAACGGUGGGAAUGAGGAGGCUCCGACCCUGGGGAAGUUCUGUGGGAAGAUAGCCCCCUCCCCCAUCAUCUCCAGCGGCAACGAGCUCCUAAUCAAGUUUGUGUCUGACUACGAGUCUCCCGGGGCUGGAUUCUCAGUGCGCUACGAGGUCUUCAAGACAGGACCUGAGUGUUCUAGAAACUUCACCUCGUCUAAGGGCAUCAUAAAGACACCAGGCUUCCCUGACAAGUACCCCAACAACCUGGACUGUACCUUCAUGAUCAUCGCCCCCAAAAUGUCAGAGAUCGUGGUGGACUUUGACACGUUCGACAUGGAGCCUGACACCACCCCUCCACCCGGGGCACUGUGUCGCUACGACUGGCUGGAGAUCUGGGAUGGGUUCCCUGCAGUGGGACCCCACAUUGGGCGGUACUGUGGUAACAGCAGUCCUGGCCGAGUCAUCUCCUACACAGGGAUCCUUUCUAUGACCAUCAACACAGACAACGCCAUUGCCAGAGAGGGCUUCUCAGCCAACUACACUGUCAGAGAGAGAAGCCUACGACAGGGACCAGAGGAAUUUACCUGUCUGGAGGGCCUGGGGAUGGAGUCAGGAGAGAUCACCUCAGAUCAGAUCACUGCCUCCUCUCAGUACAACCCCAACUGGUCCCCAGAACGCUCCAGACUCAACUACAAAGAGAACGGAUGGACCCCCUCAGAAGACUCUGCUAGAGAGUGGAUACAGGUGGACCUGGGAUUCCUCCGUUUUGUUUCAGCUGUGGGAACACAGGGAGCAAUCUCCAAGGAGACGAAGAAGGAGUACUUUGUCCACUCCUACAAAGUGGACGUGAGCUCCAAUGGAGAAGACUGGGUCACAAUAAAGGAGGGAUCCAAGCAGAUGAUUUUCCAGGGGAACCACAAUCCUACAGAGGAAAAAAGGUCGUUCCUCCCGAAGCAGACUCUAGCCCGUUACGUCCGCAUCAGACCCAUGUCUUGGGAGAUAGGCAUCUGCAUGCGCUUCGAGGUGUACGGCUGCAAGACAUCAGACUACCCUUGCUCCGGCAUGCUGGGGAUGGUCUCUGGUCAAAUCUCAGACGCCCAGAUCAGCGCGUCAUCGCACGCAGAGCGCGGCUGGGUACCAGAGAACGCCAGGUUGCUGACAGGGAGGUCGGGCUGGACCCAGCAACAGACCAGACAUCCCUUCCGGAACGAGUGGCUGCAGGUGGACCUGGGCCAGGACAAGCUGGUCAGCGGCCUGCUCAUCCAAGGAGGACGCCACAGAGACAAGAAUGUGUUUAUGAAGAAGUUCAAGGUGGGCUACAGCAACAAUGGCUCUGACUUUACUAUGGUGAAGGAAGACAACAGCUCUAGGCCUAAGAUCUUCAUUGGGAACCAGAACCAUGACACCCCAGAGCUGCGUACGCUGGGCCCUCUGCUGACUCGCUUCCUCAGGGUCUACCCAGAGAGAGCCACCCCCGAGGGCCUGGGGCUCAGACUGGAGCUGCUGGGCUGUGAGAUCCAGGAGCCCACAACUCUCCCACCGACCACGGCUGUAGCCACCAUGUUUGCUGUAACCACGUUCGCUGCCACCACAACUGCAUCUGUGACCAUGCCCACCCUGACGUCAGAGUGUGACGACCAGGAGGCCAGCUGUCACAGUGGAACAGGAGGAGGGGAGGACUAUGACACAACAGGUGGCACCACAUUGGCAGACCCAACCCUGGAGGAAGAGCUUGUGCCAGAGUACCUGUGGUUUGCUUGUGACUUUGGCUGGGCGGGAAACCCGUCGUUCUGUGGCUGGACACUGGAGAAGGAUACUGGUGCUGAGUGGAUGAUUCAGACCAGUGGGGCCCCCACCGUCCACAGAGGGCCCAACAUGGACCACACAGGAGUUCCAGGGAACUUCAUCUACAUGCAGCUGGCUGCUGAGACCGAAAUGGAAGAGGAGGAGGACGAGCAGGAGGAGGACGAGGAGGAUGAGGUGGAGGAGAGGGUGGCACGCCUAGCCAGCCUGCCUGUCACCGCCCCAGACACCAACCUGUGUGUGUCCUUCUGGUACCACAUUUUCGGGGAGCACGCUGGCACCCUGCACAUCAAACAGAGGAGACAGACAGAGGAGGGGCGGGCGGAGGCACUACUCUGGACCGUCAGUGGACACCAGGGCAGCAGAUGGAGGGAGGGACGGCUGUUGGUGCCCCACUCCAGCACACCCUAUGAGGUGGUGAUUGAGGGAGUGGGAGACAGGAGCACAGGACACAUCGCGCUGGACAAUAUAAAGAUCCUGGAUGGACUCACACCAGAGGAGUGUAAGGAUCCAGAUGUACCAGAGGCUCCUACGUCCCCGCCAACAGAGAUCUGCAUAUACCCAAUGGACCCCUACUACCCAGAGGAAGUGGAGAAUAGCGAGCUGGGUGGCCCAGGCAACAUGCUGAAAACCCUGGACCCCAUUCUCAUCACCAUCAUCGCUAUGAGCGCUCUGGGGGUUUUCCUGGGAGCUAUCUGUGGUGUCGUCCUCUACUGUGCCUGCUCGCACGGCCACAUGUCCGACAGCAGGAACUUGUCGGCUCUGGAGAACUAUAACUUUGAGCUCGUGGACGGCGUCAAGCUAAAGAAGGACAGCAAGCUGAAUGCACAGAACAGCUACUCAGAGGCGUGAGCGUCAUCCUCUGAGGGAAGAGAACACAAGCAGCCUCAUGGCUGGAGGAACUAGACCACCGGACGGAGGGUUGUGAGUUGUGACUCAAGUGUUGUCCUAUUCCUUAUAUAGUGCACUAUGUAGGGGAUAGGGUGGCAUUUGGGAUGCAGCUGGCUAUAGUGAUGGUGGGAGGUUGUGACUGAGCCAUGCUAUUCUCAGGAGCUGCAGUGAAAGGAACCUACCCGUAGUGGGCACUGUGUAUAAAUAAAACGUGUACAGCAAAAAUAGUUUUGUUUUUUGUUUGUUUUGCGACGUGCUUUGUUUUUCUGUAAUCAGAUGCUGGUGAUGAGACCAAUUGAGAUGGAAAUAUUUAUCAUGUUUUUGUUAUUUUUCUUUUGGAAGGAUAGGAUAUUUUAUUUUUCAUCAGAGGUCAUUAUUAUUCACAGAAAGAGCAUAGAAACGUAUAUUCACUAUCUUGACACGUGGCUCUUCGGCUGGCCAUGUUAUCAGUUUGUAUGUCUGCAUCGAUUUGUGCAUCUUGUUUGUGUGUGUGUGUGCGUGCAUGUACGCAUGGAUGUGCGUGCGUGAGCAAGUGUAUGUGCAUGCAUGUGUGUAUGCAUCCAGAGGGUGCUUGCCCUGGCCCUAGACCUGUGUCUAGUUCCACAGUGCCUUUUUGAAAGUUUCUGUUGCCUUUUCUCCACGGAUUCUGUUCUGAUCAUAGCAGUACGUUAGGCAUCGGCUGGUAGAGUCUGAUUCUGAUCAUAGCAGUACGUUAGGCAUCAGCUGGUAGAGUCUGAUUCUGAUCAUAGCAGUACGUUAGGCAUCAGCUGGUAGAGUCUGAUUCUGAUCAUAGCAGUACGUUAGGCAUCGGCUGGUAGAGUCUGAUUCUGAUCAAGGCAGUAUGUUAGGCAUCAGCUGGUAGUCUGAUUCUGAUCAUAGCAGUACGUUAGGCAUCAGCUGGUAGAGUCUGAUUCUGAUCAUAGCAGUACGUUAGGCAUCGGCUGGUAGAGUCUGAUUCUGAUCAUAGCAGUACGUUAGGCAUCAGCUGGUAGAGUCUGAUUCUGGUCCUACCAGUACGUUAGGCAUCAGCUGGUAGAGUCUGAUUCUGAUGAUAGCAGUACGUUAGGCAUCGGCUGGUAGAGUCUGAUUCUGAUCAUAGCAGUACGUUAGGCAUCAGCUGGUAGAGUCUGAUUCUGGUCCUACCAGUACGUUAGGCAUCAGCUGGUAGAGUCUGAUUCUGGUCCUACCAGUACGUUAGGCAUCAGCUGGUAGAGUCUGUGUUUUGGUCCUACCAGUACGUUAGGCAUCAGCUGGUAGAGUCUGAUUCUGUUUUGGUCCUACCAGUACGUAGGCAUCAGCUGGUAGUUUGAUUCUGUUUUGGUCCUACCAGUACGUAGGCAUCGGCUUGCAAUCUGAUUCUGUUUUGGUCCUACCAGUACGUAGGCAUCGGCUUGCAAUCUGAUUCUGUUUUGGUCCUACCAGUACGUAGGCAUCGGCUUGCAAUCUGAUUCUGUUUUGGUCCUACCAGUACGUAGGCAUCAGCUGGUAGUCUGAUUCUGUUCUGAUCAUGGCAGUACGUUAGGUAUUGGCUGGUAGUCUGAUUCUUUUCUGAUCAUGGCAGUACGUUAGGUAUUGGCUGGUUGUCUAAUUCUGUUCUGAUCAUGGCAGUACGUUAGGUAUUGGCUGGUUGUCUAAUUCUGUUCUGAUCAUGGCAGUACAUUAGGUAUUGGCUGGUAGUCUGAUUUUGUGCUGAUUUUAGAGUCUUAUUCUGUUCUGAUCAUAGCUGUACGUUAGGCAUCGACAUAUAGAGUCUGAUUCUGAUGAUAGCAUUAUGUUAGGCAUCGGCUGGUAGAGUCUGAUUCUGAUGAUAGCAGUAUGUUAGGCAUCGGCUGGUAGAGUCUGAUUCUGAUCAUAGCAGUAUGUUAGGCAUUGGCUGGUGGAAUCUGAUUCUGUUCUGAUCAUAGCAGUACGUUAGGCAUCGGCUGGUAGAGUCUGAUUCUGAUCAUAGCAGUACGUUAGGCAUUGGCUGGUGGAAUCUGAUUCUGUUCUGAUCAUAGCAGUACGUUAGGCAUCGGCUGGUAGAGUCUGAUUCUGAUCAUAGCAGUACGUUAGGCAUCGGCUGGUAGAGUCUGAUUCUGAUCAUAGCAGUACGUUAGGCAUCAGCUGGUAGAGUCUAAUUCUGAUCAUAGCAGUACGUUAGGUUGGUAGAGCAGGGUCAGAUUGGGAGGAUUCCAUGCCAUCCCUCCAUAGCACAUGACACAUCCAACUUAUUGUACAUAGGUUUUAAUAUAUUUGAGCGCCUUUAUAAAAAGAGACAAAAUGCUGCAGUAUCCUUUCUUUGUGGUUUAUGUAUCAUAGGCGAUGUUAUCUGGCUGUCAUCAUGUAUGUAACAAGCAUUUUGUGUUGUUAUGUUCCAUUGGUGCUCUCCCAAUGCUGCCUGGGAAAUGAGGGUUAUUAUAGCCAAUGGUUAUGGCCUUUUGAGAGAUGUUCAGAUUCAGCCAUGAUCAUCAGUAUUGAGCCUUAUUAAUAGGGGCAACAAUUGGCUACAAAGGCCUAACAAGGAGAGAGUGAAGAAGUGUCCAAAAUGACACCCUAUUCCCUACAGAGUGCACUACUUUUUACCAGAGCCCUAUGGGCUAUAUGAAAGCAGUGUACUAUAUAUGGAAUAUGGUGGUAUUUGAGACGUAGUCAGACAACAGAAUGGGUGGCUGAAGCAUCUCUACGAAGAAAAUGCUUUGACAAUACCUGGGACAUUAUGGGCCAGGUUCUCAGACAUAGAUUCAGAAUCUCCUUGAGAAUGAUUUCAAGUCCUGGACUAGGCUUAACCUAUGUCUGGGAAACCGGCCCUACAUGUCUGUGGUAGAAUGAUGGCCCUUGAUGGAAUGAAAGAGACCCGUGUGACAUCAUGCUGUUUUUAUGUACUGUAGCCUACAUCCCCUUUGUUUGCCUUUUUGUCUGUAUUGAAUGUUAAUGUGAAGAGUUCAGACAAAACAAAGCACUGUAUGAAAUGGCGAAGACAUAGGUCCAAGGUUUAAUCAAUGGAUGUGAUGUAGCUUAUUCCUUCCGACGGGGUCUAUGAGCUUCUAUGUUAAGAUUCUUUCAUGUUUUCUUCAUGCGGUGAGUCAUUCUAUUUCUAUGGUUCCACCACUUGUAAAGGCAUAAUGUUUUGGUGUUGUCUUCGUCAACAGGACAGGAUGCUGCAGCACUAGAUGUGAAAACAAUGUUGCACUGAUAUAUUUAAAAGAUCUUUGUGUUGUUUAUGAUAUUCACUUGUGAAAAAAGAGAAAGAAAGCAAAAGAAGGAUAAGACAGUGUUACAGAUAACUCUUUUAUAUGGUUUCAGAUGAUAUAGUUCUGAAAUGUACAAUUAUGGAGAUGUUUUUCAUUAUUGAAAAAGCUAUACAUGUCUCUUUACUUACGUAAUGUUUAACUUGGUAUGUUAUAUCACCUUGUGUUUUUUGUACUGUCACAAAUGUCUGUGCCAUUUUUUUUCUACAAAACGUUUGAUUUUCAAUACUGCUUCUGUAAUUUGCAGUCCCAGAUAAAAAGAAGAAGAAAGACGUAAGCAGUUGAGGCCUUAAUGACUCAAGUAAUGUUUCUUUACUUGGACUCCGUCCCAAAUGUCCCUAUUCCCUAUAUAGUGCACCCAUAGGGCUCUGGUCAAAAGUAGUGCACGAUGUAGGGAAUAGGGUGCCAUUUGACUCCCUGGUCAGCUUCAAGACCCAUCUGUCUAUGUUGUUUCUGACUCUAAUCAAUGACUACUACAUUCCAAAGAAUUGGAUCAAAUAAAAGUUUGAAUAAGA